AGAAUUUGCUUUACUGCAAAUCGAUAUAAAUUAAAACUGAUCCAAGUAAUUUAUAAUUUCUGGUAGAGAAUUAUUGACAAAAUGUCCGUUAAACAGAGUUGUUUCAUAAAUUUUUUUUGAUUUUGUCCAAUCGUUUAAUUUCAAUUCACUGGUCUAGUUUCCACCAAAACUCAAUUCGGUUCUACUCUAGUACAGAUCAAAUUUAGUGUUCCGUUUCUACUGGAAGUAGAGUACUUAUAUACAGAUCAAAGCGGAAGUGAAAUGAGCGCAAUUUGACGCGUUACCAUCGACAUCGACUUAAAAUUGAUUCUACGCCGCAUUAGGUGUGAAUUAAUGCUUUUGUAGAAACUAGACCAGUGUCGUCUGUGUACGUAGCUGGAAAGCACCCAUUGGCUGCCAGCGGGGUGUCCACGCGCAAACGCUAUCCCCACUUAGCUUCUUAUGCGUAUAAAAGUUUUCAAUUUAAACCACGUGGAUGAAAGAAAUAACAGUUUUCUAUUUGCACGAAACCAAACAAAGAAGAAGAGAUGAAGAAAUCUGAUACAUCUUGUGAAAAAAAAGAAACAACAAUUCUAGAAAAAUCUGAUUCACGCCCGCAUGAAUGGACUUGGGAUGAAAGUUAUGUUAAAAAACUUCAUUCUUCAAUUGUGGUUUCACAGGAAAACACACAAAUUUUGUUUAAUCCUACAGGUGGUCUACAUACAUAUGGUGUGUUAAGAGGUGACAAGCCACUUGAAAAAGGAAGACAUCACUUUUGGGGAAUUCAUAUAACGGGAUUCCAAACCUCUAUAAUUGUUGGAGUAGGAACUGCAAAGGCUGCAACUUCAAGUUCUUAUUCAAUUGGACAAGAUUGUGAAUCAUGGGGUUUUUUGUGUAGUGAACUAUCUUUACAUCAUGAUGGUAAAAAAAAAGAUCUUGAUUAUAAUCAUUUUGAUUCUAAUUAUUUAAUAAGAAUACAUCUUGACACUUGGGCUGGUACUUUACAAUUUUUCUACAAUCGACGUCCAUUAGGUGAUGCUUUUAGAAACUUGAACAAUUAUACAUUGUAUCCAUUAAUAAGCUAUACAACCUAUAUGUAUACCAGAGAACUAAGUACCAAAGUAAUAUUAACUUAUAGCAUGUCGAUACCAGCAUCUUUACAAAGUGCUUGUGUAAAAGUCUUAACACGUUCGCAAAAACAGAUACUGCGGAAAAAGUUUCCUGGUUUGCGUCAUCUUUGUUACUUUGCUGAUAUGCUGCGGAAACAAAAUGGUAUUUGUAUUAUACGCACAUCCUUUUGUCACUCGAUAAAUAAUCUUGCAAUUGAGGACUAAUAUAAAGGAAAAGCCUUUCGGUACAUUACUCAAGAGGCAUAUUAAAACUUGACUUUUUAUACGCUGCUUUCCUUUUAGAAAAGACACAAAUUGCCACACGUCGCUUUUCAUUUAUAAUUGUGACCGACCUCAAUCGACAUUCUUUGACUCUUUGGGAAGAAAGUUAAACUGUGCUCGAGUGUGUUAAUCUGUGUCUUUUCAAAAUGACAGCAGUCAUAGAAAAAUUAUUUUUACGUACCGUAAUACACAUUUACAAAAGAUUCAAAGGUGUUACAAAGUAUGUAUAUAAAAAAGUGCGAUAAAAAAAAGUUUUUUCAAUAAAAGCAUAUUUUUUUAAGAAUCUCUGUUUGUACUAGAUUUUCGUUUUCGUUCUUAGAUUUUUGCUUUCUACCUGACGUGAAUUUGGUAUUGAUUUUUGUAUAAAAUAUAAUUAGCUUGUGUCCACCUCGCUAAUGAACCUCAUAAUUCUCAUAAAUACUGACUUCAAUAUGAAUUUGUGGUGUCUUCUGCUUCCUUAAAUUUGCCUGUGCUAUUUGAAAAAUAUGAGUGACAAUAGGAAUAGCGUCUAAGUGGUCUAGAGAAUAUAAACACGUACAGUC